UUUGCGCAUAGAGGAAUGACGUAUCUUCACAAUGAACCCAAUGUAGUCAUUCACCGAGACCUCAAACCAAGGAAUGUUCUUCUGGUGAACUCCAGUGCGGACCACUUGAAAGUUGGAGAUUUUGGGCUGAGCAAACUCAUCAAGGUUCAGAAUUCUCACGAUGUGUAUAAAAUGACAGGAGAAACCGGAAGCUACCGGUAUAUGGCUCCUGAAGUAUUCAAACACAGAAAAUACGACAAGAAAGUCGAUGUCUUCUCCUUUGCAAUGAUACUUUACGAGAUGCUUGAAGGGGAACCGCCAUUUGCGAGCCACGAGCCUUACGAAGCGGCAAAACACGUAGCAAAUGGGCACAGACCCACGUUCCGUUCCAGAGGAUGCACUCCUGACCUUAGAGAGUUGAUGGAGAGGUGCUGGGAUGGGGACAUGAACCAGAGGCCAUCAUUCCUGGAGAUACUAAAGAAGCUUGAGAAGAUAAAAGAAACUCUGCCCUCAGAUCAUCACUGGGGCUUGUUCGCCUCCUCCUAACCCCUAAAACCCUCUUCUCAUUCAUUUGCUUGUGUCUGUCCUUUGUAAGUAGAGAUUCCCAUCCUUUUGUGUUUUUUUCCCUAUGCGAUGAAACAUAUUCAUUCAAAGCUUGUUGUUCUUGCUCUUCUUGUUCCAUUUUCAUGAAAAAGUCCAUGACAGAUCUGUAGACUUUCAAUUUCA